AUGGCUCGACUCGUGUCACCUGCUACCAAAACCCUCGCUAUCGUCAAUCCGGUCUCGAAAAUUCCGCGACCAGUACCGAUCCAGUCGGCUUCUUCAAGGACAUUCGUCAACGUCGCUCGGGGAGCACGUAGACACCUACCGACACAGUCGGCAUCUUCAAGGACACCGUUGAGCGCCUCUAUGGCGCUUCGACACCCGCCAGCACGAUUAAUGCCGGCCUCUUCAAGGACAACUCCGAGGACCACCUCAGUGACUGAUGUGGUUUCUCGAUUCCCGCCCGCGCUUCUGGCGCCUGCGGUCUCUUCAAGGACAAACUCAGGCCUCCGUUAUCGAGCGCCUCGAGACCUCUCAAUCCAGUCGCGCACUCAAGCUAACAUGAUACAGACUCCCCAGAUAAAGCAUACUCGAAUCCCCGCUCCGACAACCACCGCAGUUCAGAAAGCCCGCUCGCAAAUCUUGAUACGAAGGCCGACUGUGAUAUUCCGGCCACAAACACACUCAACGGAUGAAGCGCCUCUCCCUUCCGUGCCUUCUUCAGAGGUCGUCCACAGCUCCGAGGAGCCCGACCAACCCGAGGAGGCGACACCUAAUGAGGACAUCAUUUCGUAUGAGGAUGUAUCGGACGCAAGUGAUUACAACAGCGAGGACGAAAACACUUCCUUGUUGUUCAAUGACAACAGCUUUGAUGACUCUAUCGACCCCGAGCAGCAAACAGUCAGGUUCAACCUGUUUGAGCGCAGGCUAGUUGCAUAUAAACGCUUGGGUAAGGAACGUAGAAUCGCUCAACAUCCAUGGUUCGUUGGCCUCGCUCGUUGCCCAGGAUACAUCGGCGAUACUAUCAAUAAACCACGCGUUCGUCCGCCGAGGAAGCUGCUGCCUCGCGCUCUACAGCAAAACCAGCUUCACUCUCACUAUAACGCUCCGAACGCCCCUGCUACUUCGCAGCUGCCGUACUUGGUGUGGCCAUUGGUCAAGCGCGCGGUCGUGCCGGCUCGGUCUACGGUAGCGACUCCAAAGGUCGUGUCUUCAGCAAUCCCAGUGCCAAUCGCUAGAUCUACUCGGACUACGAAGAGGAAGAUUGCAAAAGUCAACAUCCUGAAGAACGUGUCGGCAGCUUCCAGCAAGGCACUGACCAAGACGGAUACUUUCAAAGCCUUGGUUGUUGGCGAAUCUCAACCCUCACCGUCGAGCCGCCAGUCGACGACUGCCAGUAAGCCAACUGCUACCCGCGACACUGAAGCGUCGAAGCUCUCUGGCCGCGCUGGUCCUUCGCCAGCACGUCGUGGUCUUCCAGUCAGAUCGGUUGCUCUCAGAUCGAAUAUUGCUCGUGUGCCAUCAUCGAAGCCUCGUAAGCGACAGCCCGGUAGACCAGCCUUGAAGUCGAGUCUUCGCCAGGCGGACUCCGACCGCCAAGUACCGGGUGUUCACUUCUUCGAAGGACCUCUAAGGCCACGCUUUUACGAUCUCAAGACGCCGGCAACGGACUCCGCACUCGACCUUGAUGAUGAGUGGACUCCGUUGGAGCUUGCUCGGAAGUACCCCAAGAGCUCACAAGCCAAAGGCAUGGUCAUGUUUGAGCCAACCAGCCGAGGAACGCUUACCUUGAAGCUCCGGACUCUGCUACGUUAUAAGAGCGUCCGGGAGUAUGAAGAGCGACGUAGAGAGGAGGUACUGACGACAGGCAAGCGACCAGAGCUCGGCCAGCUAGAAUACGGUAAUGCAGAUUACAAGAUUGCGCUCCAGGCUACUGAUGUCAUCACUUCAUACGACAUUGGAACGCUGCAAGCCCCAAGCGCGAUCGGCAAGAAGGGCAUACCGACGAGCACCUACAACCCGGUCAACGGACCGUUGCUGGUGUUUGGUGCUUUCAAAGAGCCGUUCACGGAUGUGAUUAUUCCUGCGGAGACAGCCAAGGCAUACAAGAAACCCAUUUGCUGGCCAGCUACUGCCUCGGAUGCCCGAUGGAAGAAGUUCGACAAGCAGCAUUUACGUUCCCUCCAGGCGGCCGAGCUCGAAGGAUGAGGUGCCACAUCCAAAGACAGUACCCAUGACACGGAUCCGACCAAGACACGAUUAUACUGGACAAUCUCCAAGC